UUAUUAACAAAGGUCAUUGGCACAUUUCGAAGGAGACAAAGAUGGAGUCAAAAAAGUAGAGAGUGGUAUUGUUGUUCUCUUGUCAAUUAAACUUAAAUUGAGCUUGACAUGCAAUCGGUGGCCCAGUACGGGAGGAUAGUCGCCCGAGCAUUAGCCGCCGGAAUUCACAAUGAAUUUCAAUUAAAAACCCCGUUUGAUAAACCCAAGGAACCACUUCAUUUAGUCGCUGGAGCAUCAGGAUUUUCUAAGUCAGUGACUAAGUCAAGCCAACUAAGUAAAUGGACAUUUGGUGACGACGCGUAUUUUAUCAGUAGAAACAAAGUAGCAGACGUUAUAGGUGUUGCUGAUGGGGUCGGGGGAUGGAGAAAUUAUGGAAUCGACCCUUCAUCAUUUCCAAGAACUCUAAUGUUAGUAUGUGAACGAAUGGUUAGAGAAGGCCACUUCCGUCCACAGUCUCCUGCCAACAUCAUCGCAGCAGGUUACAGUGAGAUGCUUGAACAGAAAGUUUUAACCUUAGGCAGCAGCACAGCUUGUGUAGUCUCCCUCCACAGAGAAGAAAGAACAAUUUACUCCGCCAACCUUGGUGACAGUGGAUUCAUCGUGAUCAGAGAUGGUGAAAUUGUUCACCGCUCCACGGAGCAGCAGCAUUACUUCAACACUCCAUAUCAGCUGGCUGUGGCACCACCUUCAAGAGAUGGCCAGUGGCUUAGUGACAGCCCUGAGAUGGCAGAAUCUUCUUCCUUCAAAGUAGAAGAUGGUGACGUUUUAAUGCUUGCAACAGAUGGCCUUUUUGAUAACUUGAGUGAAGAUAUGAUUAUUAAAUCAUUAAGUUCAUUGCAUACGCACAAAGAGGAGGAAAGAAUUCAGUCUGCAGCAAACAGCAUAGCAGAACAUGCUUACAAGCUCUCCUUAGACCCUGACUAUAUGUCUCCAUUUGCCCUUUCAGCUUGUGACUUUGGUAUAGACUUACGAGGAGGAAAGCCAGAUGAUAUAACAUGUAUACUAGCAAGGGUGACCAACCAGUCUGAUAUUUUUGUGUGAUUGUGGAUGCUGGCUUGAUUUGACAGAGAACAAAAUUGGUUGAACUGGGGUAACAGGUUGAUUAAAAAUAAUGUCUGUUUGUUUAAAACUUUGCAUUAAAAGGAUGAAAUAGAUUGUAUAAAACAGAUAUUUAACUGUGAUUUGUCAGAAGUUCAUUUUAAAGACAAUUCUGCUUGUAUUUCUAAUACUAACUGCACAAAGAAGCACUGUGCAUAAUCGCAUAAGAGGUGUACAUAUACUCUAAUACCUUAGAUUAGUUGGUUUUUUUUUUAAAUAAAGUUACCACCGAAAAUUAGCAUGUAAAGAGAAAAUAUAUUUUAUGUUUUCAGUUUUGUGUAACCUGGAGUGAAUUUAUUUGUUUUUCCAAAUAGCAACAAUAGAAGUGUUAUGUUUCAAAUUGAUUCUUUGAAUGCAGUUUAAUUUUUGUUGUUUUGAUCAGAUAAAAUCAUUUUUUAGUAAUAAUGUGUUGUGGCAAUUGAUAGAUAAUAAAUUACUGGUGUCAUUUUUAAAUUUAAGGACAAAGGAAUAGACUCAUGACAAUUGCUACAUGUUAAAUUACAGGUGUCAUUUUUUAAAUUUAAGACAAAGGAAUAGCAACUGUGGAAACUCAUGACAAAACAAUACACUAUCUUGUUGCAGUUCUCUGAGACAUGUUGAACUUGUAUGCCUUUUACAUUUUAUGCCAAGUUGUACAACUUUAUAAUUAUUUGUUUUAAAAUAAGACAUUUUUUAAAGUCAUUCAUCAAAGAUUUUUUCAAAGUUUAAUUGAUAAAAUAAACAAUAAGCAUUUUCAUUUGUGUAUAUUUAACAGCUCUUUCAAUCGUCAUCCUCAUUCUCCCCUGUAAUGUAUAUCUCCACAUUUAUCAUUAACACCUUGUACAGUGUAUAUUAAUUUAUUUAGAACAUUCCCUAAGUUGUGUAAUGAUUAAAGAGUGCAUUAAAAGUUUUUGUAUGUAAAUAGAUUUCAUUAACUAGCAGAAAUUCAGUCAAAUUUUAGGAACAAUUUUUUCUUUUAAAGUCCGGUGAAAAUGUUUUACUAAGUUCAUUUAUUGACUUCUCUUAUUAACACAGUAAUUCAAUUAUUAUUCAACCUAAGUUACUAACACAUACUAAGUCGGCUUGUUUAGUCAUUUCUAUCAAGCUAUGUUAUGUGCCAACAAUAAUCAAGAUGUAAUGAUUUGUUUAUAACAAAAUGUGUAUAUAGGUCUUUAUUUGCAGUUGUGUGUUUAGAUUUAACCUAAAGUUUAAUAGACUUGUAGCAUAAAAAGGUGCAAACCCCACUUUGAUGUAAUCACUGAUUUUUUGACAAGUUUCUCAUUUUGUAUUCAUUUUCCAUUGGUGAAAAUGAAAGGCAUACAUAUCAAAUCUUUAACAAUUCCUAUGUUUUGCUCAGAAAAUAAUUUUCAAUUAUUGUUGCUGUUUGGUUGUCUAUAAAUUUAGGCAGACAUUUUUAUCUUCCUGUUAUGAAUUUAAUUUGAAGGUACGUCACAGUUUGACAUCAUAUAAUAACAGAUGACCUGUAGGCAGUAGUGACAGAAUUAUACACUCCCCUACAGUUAAAGUAUGGUAGCUAUUUCUGUUUCAAAACAUUUGUAUUUUGACAAGUGUACAUUCAUGGGCAGUGUUUUUUAGAUCAGCUGUUCAUUUUCCUUUAAUCCACAAUUUGCUGUCAAUACUGAGAUAGCAUUGAUGAAAUGUUUUAAAAUUAACUCCGCUGUUUUAUAUGAUGUAAAUAAUAAAAACAAUAAAAAUUGUUUUAGCUUU